CACUUCUUUUCUUGGCAGUGAUUCUAUGCCAGCAGCAUCUUGGACUCUCUCCGGUGUGAUGCGCGCAAGAUACCCUUUGCUCCUCUGGCUAGCCUCUCCAGCAGCGGCUUGCCUCUUCUGCUUCUCCGACGCCAAGCGCCGCCUCCGGGUUUGCCAAUAUUUUUUGGGCCACCAGAGCGAGCAGCAUGGAGCUUGUCUGGAGACCCUGCGGGCAUCCUUCCAGCCUUAUGACACAACGGAGGUGGAUGUGACCGAAAUUGAGAAGCUGAAGGACAUUUUCACCAGGAGUAUCUUCUUCCUGGAAGAGAAAGGCAUGGCCAAGGUGCCUUAUCGUCAGGCCUUUUCGGAAGCUGUGGGAUGGGUUAAAAAAGAAGUGGGUCAACUAAAAACAGCUCCAGCCUGCAUCCCACCAUGCGGGUUCCAGAUAGAGGCUCGCCACUAUAGAUGUUCAUCAUGUAGCUUUGAGGACUGCCCGCUGCCGAUCGAUUGCCCAAGUACAUCUUCUUUCUAA